AUGCCGCAAGGAAGUUCUUCAGUUGCUGGAGACCAAAUUGCAGUUGACAAGAGCCAGUCUCUGACGGGAGAAGUGUACCUGCGUGCGGAUGGAAAAAAGGUCCGACGUGUCCAGAAGGUAUCUGCAGUACAACCGGGAGAUCAGGUUGAAAUUAUCACCCGUCCUGACGGAACCAAGGUUCGUAGAAUCAAACGAGUCAAGCGACCAGCAGGUCAGGCACCUGCAGCUGACAACAAUGUUCGAGGAGUUACGAACGCCAGUCUCAAUAAGGGUUUGGGCAAAUUCUUGAACACAGCUCCUGGUGCCAAUACCAGCACACUUGCUGGAAGUGCUAGUGUGUCGGGGGAUAUGCUGCACAGAAAUCCAGCAGAGCAACAGGGAGAAAUCUUCGUUCGACCCGAUGGGACCAAGGUUCGAAGAAUUAAGAAGUUCGUCUCAGCCGCCACCGGGGCCCCGGUUCAAAGAACGAAGGAUGGCGAAGAAUACGAAAUAUAUACUAGGCCGGAUGGAAAGAAAGUGCGUCGUAUCAAACGCGUGGUUAAAAAAGGGCCUGAUGGACAAAUUCUACCAGCCGGUGCCAAGCCUGGUGGUGCGGCUACAGUUGCCGGAGGUGUUGCACCGAAACCUCUCGCCACCGGUGCUGCUACGGUGGCAGGAGGUGUCGUCAAAACCUCUGCCACUCCUGAAAUCGCCCCUGUAAAACCUCCAGCUCCAGCGGGUCCUGCUGUAUCCAAAUUGAAUGCAGCAGACGAAGAAACGGCCUCUCAAUAUCGAAAGAUGCUCAAGAUGGGAAUGCCUGACGGUGCUGUACAACAAAAGAUGCUUGUCGAUGGAAUUGCCCAACAUAUCAUCAACUCUGUCAUUGCAAGGGAACAACCUGGAGCAGGUGGAGCUCCAAUACCGGCAGCUCCAGCACCGGCUCCAGAACCAGCUGUCAAGUAUUCCAAGCUAUCUGCUGCCGAUGAAGAAAUAGCAGGGCAAUACCGCAAAAUGCUCAAGAUGGGUAUGCCAAUGGGAGCAGUCCAACAGAAAAUGCUUGUGGAUGGCGUAGCACAACACAUUCAGGAUUCAAUUGCCAACGGAGAAGUCCCAGCCCCAGCAGGAAGCGCUCCUGCACCAGCUCCUGCACCAGCGCCAGCACCAGCACCAGCAGAGCCUGCUGUCAAGUACUCCUCAUUGUCUCCUGCCGAUGAAGAGAUUGCAACCAGAUUUAGGAAAAUGCUCAAGAUGGGCAUGCCAAUCGGAGCUGUUUCACAAAAGAUGAUUGGUGAAGGUGUUGCACAAAACAUCCAGGACUCGGUUGCUAACGGAGAAGUUCCGAGACCAGCUGGAGCAGCUCCCGCUCCAGCACCAGCCGCAGCAGACCCAGGUGUGAAAUAUUCAUCACUAUCCCCUGCAGAUGAAGAAAUUGCAACAAGAUUCCGAAAAAUGCUGAAGAUGGGAAUGCCAAUUGGAGCUGUUUCGCAGAAGAUGAUGACCGAAGGCGUUGGACAACACAUUCAGGACUCUGUUGCUAAUGGAGAGGUACCAAAACCAGCAGGAACUCCUGCACCAGCUGCGGCAACUGGAGGCCCAGGCAAGAUGGGAAUGAUUCCAGAUGGAAUGGUCUUGGUUCCAAAGGAUCAAGCUUCAGUGCCAGAAGACAUGGUGAUGGUACCGAAAUCCCAAGCUGAUAGAACGAUUCCAGAGGGUAUGGUGGCCACUGACAAGAACAAUACUGUCCCAGAUGGCUUCGUACUUGUCCCUAAGGACAAGGUUAGGGGUACAGGUGACGAUCUUGUGUUGGUCAACAGGAGCCAAGUGAAGGACAGCGAACUGUACCUUGGAAAUAAGGAUGACAAAGAUCUCAAGAGUGGAGUUGCAGAAGAUGACCAGAUCAAGGACGCAAGGGGUGCCAAUGUCUUUUCCUUCGAUGAUCUACCAGAUCGGGUGGAGCAGUUGAAGCGAGAAGGAAAGACCUUUCUUCUUCAAGCUCUGCCGGACGAUGCAGACUUGCAAAAUGACUUUAUCAAGAAGAAUCUGCUGCCGAAAGAUAUCAGGGCCGCACCAGCACCAGCGCCAGCACCACCACCGGCUGCAGCCAAAAAGAAGGAGGAGAGCAAAUCAAGUAUUGCGGAAAUCCUUGCUCAAAUGUCCACCAUGGGUGGUGACUUUGACGCUGAGAAGAUGGGAGAAUUGCUUGAAAAGCUUGAGGAGUCAGAAAAGAGACAAAAGAAACUUGAAAAGCAGCUCGCAGCAGCUGGUGUCAAAAUUGCUGAAGAUAUUGACUACGAUGUCUGUCUCAAGAAGAUUGGCGAGAUCGGAAGGAGAAUGGGAGAGAUCGGAAGUUCCGAUGUUGUGCAUCCUGAUAAGGACGAACAAAAUAGGUUGCGUGAGGAAUAUUUCAAACUCGAACAAGAUAUGGAAAAAUACAGUAACGCUUUGGUCUUGACUGAUGAAUACAUUGCCGAACAAAAGCGAAAAGAGAUAGAAUGGGACGAAUCGAAUUUACAAGAUAACAUCGACGCAUUGAAGAAGCUUCGCCGUCACAUGCCCGUUGAAGUCAGAAACAUGAGUGAAGCCCAGCUCACCAACGAACCGUCGCCGAAUGGAAAAUAUCUUCCUGCAGGCACUGCCAAGAAGUUUAAGCGUACAAAUGUGCUUCAAGUCAUUCGACGUGAUCCCGAUGAUGUUGUGAGAAUGCACCCUUCCACACUGGAAAACAUGCGUGUGACUGGUCUAACAUUGACAGAGCGUCGUGCCGUUUACGAGCACGUUAGAGGUAUUGCACCUGUUUGGGAAGCUGGUAAAGCUGAGAAGAUGACAGAGCGAAAAUGGACAUGGUUCAACAUGAUGAAAAAUAAUUUCAAGGAGAAUUUGGCGUCAUACAAGCGCCAUGUUGCUCAGUAUGGUCCCCCAGGAGCCCACCCUUACGCAACCAGAGCCAACCCCAAUGAAGGUUGUCCUUUGCUAGGAAAGCAAUGUCCUUUGAAGGCCGAUAAACUCAUUGAUUACGAUGGCGACUAUGGGUGGACUGAUGAAGCGGUCUACGAAGUUUCUGAUGUCAAGAAGGCUGACGUUGAAGAUUCCGGUGCAAGAGCCAAGGCCGAGGCACUUGAACUAAUGAAGGAGAAGAAGGCCAAUGAACGCGCCGACGCACUCAAAAAGCACUACAAAGGAAAAUUAUUGCAAGUUUCGAAGGCCAAUGGAAGUUGUGAAAGUAUGGAUGAAAUUAUGGAUAAGUGUGAAUACGGCAUGGAGAAAUGGAUUGAAGAUAUUCUUGAUUUAGGUGAUGACAAGUCAAAAAUAACAGACGAUGUGAAGAAGAAGGAACUCGCUAAAUUUACCGAUGUCAUGAAUGACUGUAAGCUGGGUAUAUACGAUAUCUGUGGAAGAUCAGGUAUGCAAUUGUCUGGUAAGAAGACAAAGGACCAAAAGCCAGAUCCUCGCAGUUCCCUGGAGUGCUUGUUGGCCGAAGAGGUUCAAGAAACAUUUGAGAUCUUUGCAACCUUUGUCGAAAAUCGUAUGAAGAAGACCGAGAUCAUGGACACGAGGAUCAAGAACACAACCAACGACUUGAGAGGCCUGCUGGCAGAGUUGCAUGAAAGAAAUGUCAAGACUCUUGCUGCCCUUGGUGUCGAAAAGGGAGACCGUUCGAGAGCGCUCAAGACUGAAGCUACCAUUACAAAGGAAGCAAAGGAGAAGAUCGCUGCAAGAGCCCCACCACCAGAGCCCGAAGGCGGCGGCGGCGGUGGACCACCAGGAGGUAUGCCAGGCCGUGGAGGCGGCGGCGGUCGUGGUGGGUUGCUGGAUGCAAUUGGAAGAGGCCGUGGCCGUGGUGGAGGCGGCGGUCGUGGCGGAUUGCUGGAUGCAAUUGGACGAGGUCGUGGCCGUGGUGGAGGCGGUGGCCGUGGCGGAUUGUUGGAUGCAAUUGCUGGAGGAAGAGGAAAAGGCCGUGGAGGCGGUGGUGGCCGUGGUGGCUUGCUUGACGCCAUUGGAGCAAGAGGACGAGGUGGAGGCCGAGGAGGUGGCGGCGGUGGCCGUGGAGGCUUGCUGGAUGCCAUCUCUGCAAGAGGAGCAGGAGGCCCCAAACCUGGUGGUGGUGGAGGCCGCGGGGGUCUAUUGGACGCUAUCUCGGCACGAGGAAAAGGUGGAGGCCGAGGAGAUGGCGGUGGAGGGGGCCGAGGAGGUCUCAUGGCCGCUAUUGCUGCAAGAGGAGGCGGUGGAUAG